CUUGGUUUUAUUUUAGGUACAAUGAAAUUCAGCUGUUUCGCAGGAACAAGCAGAGACUGAAAAUCAAACCUUAAUCACUUUGCCUAGUAUACAAGUUGCGCUGGAGAAGAUGCAAAACAGUGAGGAACAAAAGUUUAGAGUCCGGAAAUUGGAGAUCUCAGACAAGGGCAAAGGUUUUAUAGAGUUACUGCAACAACUCAGCGUUUGUGAUUCUGUCUCUGACAAGGAAUUUGAGGAUCGGUUUCAAGAGCUCAGUUCCCUUGGAGAUGACCAUGUUAUCUGCGUUAUUGAAGACGAGCUUUCUGGAAAGAUCAUUGCAAGUGGGAGUGUGUUUAUUGAGAAGAAGUUUUUAAGAAAUUGUGGCAAAGUUGGGCAUAUUGAGGACGUUGUUGUGGAUUCCAGCACCCGUGGGAAGCAAUUGGGAAAGAAAGUAAUCAACUUCCUCACAGAUCAUGCUCGUUCAAUGGGGUGCUAUAAGGUGAUUCUUGAUUGCAGCCUCGAGAACAAGCUGUUCUACGAGAAAUGUGGUUUCAAGCAGAAAGAAGUUCAGAUGGUUAUGUAUUUUAUUUGAAGACUAGUUCUUCUAGUUUCGCAAUGUAUCUUUCGGGUGCAAAUUUGUUUCUCAUAUGACUGCAAAAUAUAUAUCCCGUUGGUUUUGAAAUUUUCCUAAAUAAGGGUAUGCAUGAUCAUUUCUCGUUUUCCAACUUUUAGUCCACC